CAGGGGCUGAAUCACCUGGAAUGCCAAUCAUACCUGAAAGCAGCUAUCGUGAUCCCCUCUUUGACCAUUGCAAUUGUCCCCUGUAGCUGCAUACUCCGUACAAAAUGGCUUCGGUAUCGGCCGGUGUUGUUGUGAUGAAAACAGUCACUUCGCCCGCUGCGAUCGGGUUCGUAGCAGUGGCGGUUCAAUUCCGUCUUUUCGAUCUGCUGGUGACGUUCGAGGAACCUGUGAAUGCAGAGAGGGUCCUGGCAGCGUAUAAGGAUACAGCCAAGAGGGAAGGUGCUGAAUCGCCCAGUCCAGGCGUGCUUUUGAUCGCGGACACAUUGUUUGCGAUGGCUGGCUUAGGGUUUGUCGAUGUCACGAGCGACGAGCUUUACUGCGCCAACAAGAUCACGCGGCAUCUGGCAGCCUUUCCCUCCGCCCAACACGGGGCACUACAUUUUGCGACGGAGGCCCUCCUCGGUGCAGCAUUCCUUAUGCCAAAGCUCAAGGCGCAAAAUUUCGCCUACCCAUUCGAGGAACUGGAUACCCCUAUCCAAUAUGCACACAAACUAAUGGGAAACGAGCAUCUGGCCAAGCAGCACACCUACUCCAUCAUGGCCGAGCAAGGCCGCAUGGGCAGCUUCAACACCUUCAUGGUAGGCAAAUUCAUGAAGUACAGCAGUGUCCCGGAGCGAUUGAAAAUGGUCGGAUACGAUCUUCAAGCUGUCUUGGACGAAGCAACCCCAAACAACACCAGGACUAUGGUCGACAUCGGCGGAGGUCGUGGCGAACUGCUUCUUGAAAUCAAGGAAGCUUUUCCACAACUCCAAGCAUCAGACCUUGUAGUUCAAGAAUUUAACCACGAUAUUGGAGAAGUCGAAGGGGUCACUCUCGCCACAUGGGACUUCAAAGCGGAGAAUAGCCCUCAGCCGAUCAAAGGUGCUCUGGUCUAUCAUUUAGCGCACGUUCUUCAUAAUCUCCCAGAUCUAGAGGCUGCGCGAUUGUUGCAGAAAAUAUCCCAGGCUAUGGCCCCUCAUUCCCGACUCUUGAUUCACGAAUUCUCGAAGAAUGAAAGGUUCGCGAAGCUGCAUUCUACGAUGAUUGUUUUGUACGGAGGUCGUGAGAGGAGUUCAUCCGAGUUCCAGCAGCUGGCCGCAUUGGCAGGAUUGAAAGUUACUUUCGAGGUUCGUCCUGAGCCUGGCGACGGGUUGAUUGAGAUGCGCAAGGCGUAAGGACAAUAGCUAGACAAUUUGUGAUGGCACCAUUUCUCUAGCAUUAUGAUGUUUAAUUCAUAGCAUAAUCUCGUAUCUGUAUCCGAUGUCUCUA